UCUCUCUCACACACACACACACUCACACACUCUUCCUGACUGUCUCUCUAUCACUCUCUCUCUCUUUCUCUCUGGGAAAAACCCGAGCAGGAGGAAAGCAGCAGAAGGGGGGAGGAGGAGGAGGACUCCUUCUUCUUCUUCUUCUUCUUCUUCCGACACAGCGGCGGCGGGCAGGAUAUUACUGGGGGGUGGGGGGUGGGAGGGAAGAAGACAAAACGGACAAAAAAGACCAAAACAAUUCUAAAAGAAAAAAGAAAAAAAAGAUCCACGCACCAAAACGCCCCGGUGCGGAAGACGAAGAGAGAGAGAGAGAGAGAGAGAGAGAGAGAGAGAGAACCACACGGAUGUGCCUCCGAAAGCGCAGCGGAUACCGCCCUCCGGACCUCAUUAAUGCCAAGAUUGAUUUCACACAUUUACUUAGGUCCGAGGCAGAAGGGGGGAUGACAUGCAUGUGUCCGGCCUGCUAACAUCGCUGACGACUCGCACACUAACCAACUGCCCGCCCUCACGACAUGACGGAUGUACUGUACACUGGUCCGAUCCCGGCCGAGCGAGGGGGCGAGCUGGCCAUGGGGGGAGGUCGCAGCGAGACCUCGGCACUGAGCGGGACGGGAGGGGGGCGGGACGCGACCACUACCCAGAAUUCCCAGCGGCCCAACGCCUGCUGCUUCUGCUGGUGCUGCUGUUGCAGCUGCUCAUGUCUCACUGUCAGGAAUGAAGAGGAGAGGCGGAGGCGGCGGAGGAGGAAGAGAAUAUCACAGGACACCAAGAUGGAAACCAUACCAAACUGUGAAGCCUGCACCAAACCCUCAAUGGAAGAGAUCCGGCUCUGGUCUCAGUCCUUCGACAAGCUGAUGAGGAACCCGGCGGGCCGGAACGUCUUCCGCGAGUUCCUGCGGACGGAGUACAGCGAGGAGAACAUGCUUUUCUGGCUGGCCUGCGAAGACCUCAAGCAGGAAAUCAACAAGGGCGCCAUCGAGGAGAAAGCCCGCUCCAUCUACGAAGACUAUAUUUCCAUAUUGUCACCAAAAGAGGUGAGCCUGGACGCGCGGGUGCGAGAGGUGAUCAACAGGAAGAUGCAGGACCCGACGCCGCACGCGUUCGAAGACGCCCAGCUGCAGAUCUACACGCUGAUGCACCGGGACUCCUACCCUCGCUUCCUCUCCUCCAGCAUCUACAGGUCGCUCGUUCACGGCGGCUCGCGUACCUCCUCUGAAUCCUAGUCCCUAACACCGCCGCCUCCUCCUCCUCCAUCCUCCUCCAUCCUCGUCCUCCUCCUCCUCCUCCAUCCUCGUCCUCCUCCUCCUCCGACCCGACACUUACAGGACUGGUGCCAGAUCAUUUCAUCCCUCCCCUCGAACACUCUUCCUCCUGGUCCAAAACUUUCCAAAAAGAAUGAUCCGAGCCAUCCCCAGGUCACUUCUCCCUUUUUCUCCGAAUGCCAACUCUCUUCAAUUACUAUAACUUUGAGUACUGUUGCCAAGACCAUUCCUCUCUCCUGUUGACUGCUCUCUUCUGUAUAAAUCUUCCUUUCAGCUCUUGUUUCACUCACCCCCCCCCCUCCUCUCCAGUCAAGCCUUCAAAAACAAGAAAACACAUUUUUAUUAUUUUAUUAAAAUAGAUGUUCAACCGAGAAUGCAAUUAUUGUGGGAAAAAGUGAAGAAAAAGUGGUUACAUUGAAUUAGAAAAACAAUGUUGGGACGCGGGGUCAUUUUUUUUUGUAAUUUGGACAAAUCAUUCCAAAAAUAUAUAUUUUUCUAUUUUAUACCAUAAAUACUUCAAAAUCUCUGCAAUUUGAUUUUUGGCAACAUUUGUUAAACAGUAGCGAAGCCGUUAAAGUAGAUACAGUACAAUUUAUAUUCAUGAAACGUGAACGAACGUUGGCUCAGGACUUGUAAUGUCUUAUACAUCUCAUUAUUGUUAUUAGAUACUAACAUGAACUUAUGACUAGAGCCGACCAAAAGCGCAGUUUUAAAAAGGCAGAUAUUACUACUUGAGAGUUUGAAGAGAGUCAGUGAUAAUAAGUGGACGGAUAUUGGCUGUGAAUGUCAAUGAAAAUGCAUAACAGGCCACUUUUGAUCAGUUUGACAAAAAAAACAAGAAAAUGUGAGUGAAGGUCCACUUUGGUAAACAGAAAGCUUUGGCAAAAAGUCCUUAAAUGAAUGACAGUAGAAUUUUUACUGUCACCUGGUCGCAGUACUUUUAAUAAUGGUUAAUAAUGAGCGAUCACGCUGUCGAUCAGGGUUCCUUCAAUUUGAUCAUUGAUGAGUUGAAACUAGGAUAUUGAUUGAACGGGAAGUUUUAAAGUUGAGGAUAAAAACUCGUUGUUUCCUUAUUGGCCGUGUAAAUUUUCAAAUUUGAUGGUUUCAGUUUUAUUUUCAUCUUUAAAACGUACAAAAAAACCGCCUGAAAGCUCUUUACCUCCUUCUCUCUGUCCCUGUCACCUUCUGUCACCACCACCUCCCGCUCUUUCCCUCCAUCUUCCCGUCCAGUGUUUGUUUCCGUCACCGAGCGUCUCUUCUCCUCCCUCGUCGUCCCCCCCGCCUCGACAUCGACUCCUGGGUGGAGGAGGAAGUGAUCGGGGAUGUUCAAAGUAUCUCUUCUGCCCAUCAUCUGCCGUUCCUGUGGGGAUGCGGUACGUUUUACCUUGGGGAGAAUUUAACCCACUUCAGGGGGAGAAACAUUCUGUGCCAUGGAUUUUUUAGCGGAUUUUCUUCACCAAUUCCCCCCCCGGUGACCGUCCCCACCGCCUCUGAGAGCCAAUGGAAGUCGGACGCCCGCUGACGUCUGUCCACCUCGUCGCCUUGUUUUUCAUCCUUCACUUGCCUCCGCUGUAUUUCGGGACUUGACGGGAGGCAAAAAUUAAAAAGAAAAGAUGGAUGCUGUCUCAUUCCCUUUGUUUCCCCCGUUCAACUGGAAAACACCAGGUGCUCCCACGACAACAAACUCUGUCCUCUAUUUGUCGUUUAUCUCCCCCCCCCCCCCCCCCCCCCCCCCCGCCCCUCCUUUGCUGGAUUAAUCAUUACACUCCUGUGGUAAACAAACAGACGAAUGGAUGGUCACUUCCUUCCGACUACUGAUUUACAAACGGACAAGAAAUCUAUUUUUUAAGAGAAACACUCUAUAUGGAACAUUUGAAUUAUGUUGAGUUUUUUUUUCUUUUUCUCCCAUUCUCCCCCAUUUCCUGGAUUUUUUUUUUUGCAAGAAGAGGAGGAUUCCUCUGAGGCUGUACUGAUCCCCACCCUGAGCAACACCACCGGCACUGCAAUAAAACACUGGAGUUAAAACACACACACACACAGACACACACAGACACACACAGUACAUGCACAUGCACACAUCUACAACAUUUGUGUUACUAUACUUCCUGGGAACUUUCAAUAACCUAUUAAUACAAUUCCUUAGUCCCUAGAGAGAUACGGCUACAUGAUGAGCAAAGCAAGGACACUUCAGAUUCAUUGUAAUAUUUCAGAAUUUUAGAUGAUAUUCUCUGACCCGUGCAGUUACAAUAAGAAGAAGGAUCAUGCAGCCUGCUGAGGUCUUUAGCCUCCAUGCAGUAUCUGACCUUGUAAGUUGUUUAUCCAUAUUUUGGGCAAAACAUCCUUUAAAUGUAAACUUCAUGGUACAGUUUUCCAGUAUUCUCGACAUUUUAGUUUUGAUUUUAUGAAAUUUUUAAAAUUGUAGAGAUGGAACAGUCAUUGAUUAGGUGAUCGACAGCUUCUGAAAUGUGAACAUGUACAGCUGGUUGGGUUUUUAUAUUAUUUUCAACUGAAAACUGCAUGUUUGGGAUUUAUAAACAUGAAUAUGUCACUAAGGGCUCAUCUGUAUAAUUAUAUGUUCAUCUGAACAUAUAAUUAGCUUUUUUUUUCACGAUUGGUUUUAGACAUCAAGAAAAAUAACUCGGAUUAAUCAAUGAUGACAACAUAUUUUUGUUAAAACUACAAAUCCCAGUCGAAAUUCUUUUGACCUGAAGCUGCAUCAAGCAGUCAUAUGGGUGGAUGUAAUUAUCAUUAUCCAACAUGAAAACACUGAUCAUUUCAUCUUCUAGUUUGGUAAUGGUAAAAAAAAUGCAUACAUAUGAAAAACAAAUAUUGAUUUUUUUUAUUUUUUUUUUACUUAGAGGCCUAAGUUGUCCUAAUAAGAAUAGUAACACACACACACACACACACACCAGGGUGGCCUACCUGGGCACUGCUGCUGCUGACCUCUGCCUCUGUGACCUCUCACCUUUGACCUCACCACUGUCCGUCGCCCUCUCAGACGCCUGCUCCUGAUUGGCAGCAGGAGGCCGCAGGGCUGAUCUGUGGUUGGUCGAUUCAGGAAUGAGGGGAAAUCCAGGUGCAAAAAAAUAUUAAAGAUAUAUUAAUGACAAACAACUAAUAAAAGUAUAUAUAUAUAUAUAUAUAUAUAGAGAGAGAGAGAAUAAAAUAAGAGCUGUUAUUUGAGAUGGGAUGCCUGCACCCUGUGCUUCAUGGGAAAUGUAGUUUGAGGAAAACAAAUGUUUGUAGUUUGUCUGCGGAGACGACACAUUUCAAAAAGGAGAUGCCUCCGUCUUCACCAGACUGGUCACUCAGAAUGCAUUUAUCUUAGUAUUGUUGAUGUUAUUUAUUUUAUAUUUUGUUAAAACUGUGAUUUUAAUUGUACAUAUAUAAACGGAAACCAUUGAACAUCCA